CAACACGUGCCCUACGCUGGGCGAGCAGCGCGGGCGCCGAGAGGUCCGGCUGGAGAUGGCCGUGCCCGGCUGGCAGAAUAAGGAUGGUUGUUCAUCUAUCAGCCACGGAAGACCCUGUCCUUGAGGAUAUUCCUGUGCACAGAGGCAUCCGUUUGACCUUUGCAUUACAAUGCAGAUUCAGAAUCACUGAUGCUGCUUUGUACCAGAGGCAUUGCUGAGGUUCCAUGUGCAGCCAUGGACUUGGAGAAACCAUCUGUCUGGGGGUCCCUGAAGCAGAGGACGAGGCCAUUCCUGCAAAACUUAAGCGUGAGGAAGACGAAGAAGAGGUCGAGCAAGAUGGUGGUGAGCAAGAUCCGCUCCCUGGACCGACGCCUCAGCGUGUCGGUGCCUGACAUGCUGGAGGUGGAGACUCUCACGGAAGAAGAAACAACCUAUUCAAGCACUCAGAUGCUGUCCAGUGGCUACCCCCGUGGUGCCCCCAGGCCUAUGGUGUCUCUGAAAAGAAGGAACUCAUCGAUGAGGCCAGAGGGAGAGGACUGGCCGUGGCUGCAGGCUUCAGCUGCGUGUACGGAGCCAGCUGUGGCCCACUUGGAUGUGCCUAUGGCAGGCAGCCCUGUGUCCGAGGGGAAGCGACCGUCCAGUGAUGACUUCUUGGAGCUGCUGCAGAGAGCCCACCUGAGCACUGAGCUGGCAAAUGAGAUGAUGGAGGAAUGUGGAGGAAUGGAUUUAGAGUCAUCAGUAUCUUCUCAAAUGUUUGAUGACCAGAUGGGUGCAGAGGAAGGAAGUGAUGGUUUGAGCCACCUGCCCAGCCCCUUUGCUUACCUGCUGACCAUCCACCUGAAAGAAGGCCGAAACCUGGUUAUCAGAGAUCGCUGCGGUACAAGUGACCCGUAUGUGAAAUUCAAGCUGAAUGGGAAAACUCUAUACAAAAGUAAGGUAGUCUACAAGAACCUAAACCCAGUUUGGGAUGAGACUGUCGUGCUGCCUGUACAGACCCUCGAUCAAAAACUCUGGGUCAAGGUGUACGAUCGAGACUUAACCUCUUCUGACUUCAUGGGUUCGGCAUCUGUAGUGCUCACUGAACUUGAACUCAAUAGAACUACUGAACAGGUUUUAAAACUGGAGGAUCCCAACAGUUUAGAAGAUGACAUGGGAGUGAUUGUAUUAAACUUGAGUCUAGCAGUCAAGCAAGGAGACUUCAAGAGAAAUGUAA